AUGGGAAGCACCAUCACGCCGCCGUUGCCGGAAAUACAUCAACACACCCGAAGGGUGGAUCCGUCCGAAGAGGCCGUUGCAGAUUAUACUGCCUGCAUACAGCAACUGUGGGGCCAACUAUCGGAGAAGGAGAGAACGUAUCUCACCGAGGCAAAGGCGGUAACUCAGAAAAUGCUACAGCACUGCUUUGCCGGCUUCGCCGUCUACGGUCGUAUGCAGCUUGCCUCAUUCUUCUCGGAGACCCUCCGUCCCAAUUUACCUGUCGUUCCAACCGUAGGGAAGGCGCUGUACCAGAUUAUUGGGCCCGUCCUCGAGCAAAGAAGGCUGCCCAAGGCAAGCGACAUUGAAAACGAGACGCGGGGGCCGUCAGCCCCUGCCCUUGCAGCGGCCAGCUCACGAUCGGCCGCUCCCAAGACCGCAACCGCUUCCGUCGCCAGAGUGGCCAACGCUGGAUCCAGCUACGAGAGAACCAUAAGGAACAUUAUCGGCCUUGCCGAGCCAAUUAGGAAGUGUCCAAGGGUCGCCGAAAUUUACGACAUCAUCACGCACCAGGCACGUUAUCAUCUCCUACAAGCUCGGGAUCGCAAUGCCGGCGCCAAGACGCCGCCAUGGCCCCUGAAGGGGAUUGUUAUGCUGGACACUCCGGCUAUGGCGUUCUACGUCGCCUUCGCCCUCCAGCUGCGGGACAACGAGGAAAAGGCCCCUUUCAUGAGCAGCGGUGCCCUCUUGCGGCCGCGCAUCCAAGUCAUGUUCGUCCCGGCCGUCUCCCGCACUAAGGAGGAUAUGCGCACGCUGGCAGUGCACUGGCUACAGCGGGCGGCGUCUUCCGAGGCAGAUGCAAACAUUUGCAAAGUGAUCGUCACGACGUUCUCGGCCGCCGGCACUGGUCUUGACGGGCUCCAAAACACUCUGUCCUACAUCAUCUACCCCUUGGUACCCUUAUCGGCCACGGCGGGAGAGCAGGCCGACGGCCGCAUCCAGCGGACUGGUCAGCAGUACGACACGGCGAAGUACACCAUCACUAUCCCCAGCGACCUCUACGACCUACUCCGGUCAUAUGCGCGGAUCAAGCUUGCCAUUCGUGACGGGGAAAACAACAUCAGCAUCCCUCUGAUCAAGGAGCUUCUUGGCCCAGCCGACGAGUCUUGA